CCGCUGCAUGGGUUUGUACCCUCAUUGAUAACGAGUGCAAGAUGCGUACGUAAAUAUUGCUGUCAUUUUAGAGUAUUUUAUUUGUGCGCGCGUUUAUCAGGCUUCGCAGUAUGAUAUUUCUCUAAAAGUGAUUGAAGCAUACAUGAAUGUAUAACAACAUGUCAGCGGUAUAUCCAACUGUACCAAAACUAGCGGUGAGGGACAGCAUCGAUGAUGAUGAUCUGACUGACAUUGAUGACGAGGUAUUCAUCAGGGAUGGCAGAAAUGGUGGAUUAAAGUUAGAUGAUGAUGGUGGAGUUAAACGGCCUCUUAUGGCACCUCGCAGGAAGUGCAAAAAGUCCUGCAGCUUCCAGACUCACAAGUUUCCAUACAAAGCACUUCUUGUACCAUUGUGCUAUGGAAUUACAGCACUGACCAUAGUAUUGGGCUUAAUUAUACUUUGUAUAUUUACUGCUAACAUAUUUCCUAUGCCAUUAACUAUAUUGAGAAACUGGUUGACGCAUGAACUAAAGGAUACUGUGAACAAAUCAGAGAUUGUUCCAUGUACAUCGCUCUCAUAUAAAGUUUUGUGGACUAAAUCGUUACCAAAAUUAUCUUCUGAGGCACCCCUUAGGAGUAAUGAUGUUAACUUAGAUGGAGUUGAAGAUAUUAUCGUGGGAUUUAGUACAGGUUUGGACAAGAUAGAUGCAUCAGAAGAUAUAUGUGCUGUAUACUUCGGGAAUCAAACGCCGUGUUUAGGUGGGGUGUUGGCGCUGAAUGGUAAAACCGGUGAAACCAUUUGGACGCACUGGACCGCCCAUGCGAUAUUUUCUGUCGAUUGCGGCAUUGACUUGACGAGCGAUAAGAUCAAGGACUGCAUUAUAUCUGGACGUGGUGGAAUACUGCAAGCUAUUAAUGGCCACGACGGCACCAACAUAUGGGAAAUACCGACGCAGAGGCCAGCGACGUCCACAGGCCAGCAAAUAAUUUUGGACGUUUGCGACGCGAGAUUUGUGACGGAUAUGGAUGGCGACGGUAUCGGCGACGUAAUAGCGUCGCAUGUUAUGCAAACUGAUACAGUUCGAAAGAGCAAUAUGCUAGUAAUAUCGGGGAAAAAAGGAAGUAUCAUACGUAACAUUAAUUUACCGGAGUCGGAACAGCUAUUCAUAGCACCUCAAAUCCUAGUCCAUCCUGAUGGAGAGAAUGUGUUUAUUCUAGCCACAAACAGUCAGAAAGAAGCUGGAGGAUUAUACAUAGUGUCUCAGGCAAACAUAUUUUACGGUGAUCUGCAAUUGCGCGAGCUCUAUCACGACACAGGGAAAGGUGCGUUAUUGCCACCAAUUUUGAUCGACAUUACGUCAGACGGAAUCGAGGAUAUCGUCGCGGCUAUGUUUAACUCCACGAUUAUGGCUUACGACGGAUUAACGUUUGAGCCUAUCUGGAACUAUACAGUUCCCAAUUCCGAAGUAAUCAGCAUUCCGAUUCCUGGUUACUACAACGACGACGAUGUGCCGGAUUUUAUGGUGAAGCAUCAAAUAGGCGCUGGUUUUCCCACGUAUUAUUAUACCGUGGCUACAGUCGUGGACGGUCGCAACGGGCAAUCUUUGCUCGAAAAAUCCAUAGAAGAUAGCUUGAGCAGUCAGAUGUCCGGGUUGUCGAUCACAGUCGACGGUUAUGGCAACGAUUGGUUCCUGCAUUGGUCUGCCGAUUGUCUAAACUACGAAGGCGUCAAAGAUAAGUAUCAGUUUCUGAAGGGUCAGAGUCUCAUGUCGCAAACGCGCGCCGAUCUCUGUCGAUUGCGAUUCAAUUCAACACUGACCACGAAGUUGUUGGCUCUCAGUCAGCAUGUCGGUCCGCCUGGGAUUCAGUUGUACUUCUCAGAGCACUGGAAGUCGUUGGAGUUCAACAAUUCGAUAAAUCCGCGACAGGAAGCGGAAAGAUACUGGAACAGUCAUUCCCGGUCUGAGGUUAUGAAUAAUUACGCGGACAUACCGCUGGUCUCCGAGAGAUCACCAAGAGUUCACAAGAAUCACCGGAAAGACGGUAUUUUCAAGCACAAGGAUAACAAUUUGCUCACAGAAGUCGGGAAGUACGAUUCAGACGUUGUUUAUGAAAAUUUUGACGAGUUUAAAGGUCACAAAAGUCGCAAUCCUGUCGAAAGCGAGGCUAUGGAGAACUUGGAUGCGGAUCAAGUGUGGAAACACGAUAACAAAUGGACGAGGGAUAAUGUGCCGUUGGAUAAGGAGUACGACGGUAUGUACGGAAUCGACGACGGAGGUAACAAUGAGGAUGGAGAACAGAGUAUGGAUUACUCGCAAGCUAUGAUGCGGGAGCAGAGAAGUGUUGUUUCCAGAGAUUCUCGCUCGACAAAUAUUUCCGACAGAGAACAAAGGAACACUUUGAAAGGAACGGAGGAGGUAACGAACAAAGCUGAUACAGUGAAUAUAUCAAUAGCAACGACUGUAAAGUCUCUAGAAGAGAUAUCGUCGAGCACUGAAUCGAGAAGCGAUGUUGAAGAGACUACCGUAGAUGUGAGUACACCGGACACAUCAGCAUUUACAAGUGAACCUGCUGAAACAAAGAGUAUAAACCUGGACUUUGAAACAACAGAAGUUACACAUAUGGAAGCGCUUAGCGUCACGGAAAGCCAGAAGACCACAAAUUACCAAGACACCCCGAGUACCGAUAAAACUGUAGGUAUAACACAGUGGAAACAAACUGACAAGCAUGAUUUUCCCGAUAUUUUUCAGGACGCAAACGACGAAGCGAGCAUAGAGAAGAUCUUCAAACGGGAAUCGUUGAAAAAUCAAAAUAAAAACCUGGACAAUAGAAAGCAAACGUUAGCAUCGUCGUGGGUAGCGGAUACAGCUUAUAGGAUACGACAGAAGCGACAGACGAAACGAAAAUCUGAGACUAGCGGCGAUCAGUCGAGCGAAAUCAACGGUGUUCAGAGACAACCGCCGAUUGGCAUUCUGCUACCAUCUAUUGACGAAUCCAAAAAGAAGACUUCGGUAGAUCUGGUGUUUUCCACAUUCUGGCUACCGUCAUCCGAAGUGUCUCUGAUUUUAUCGCAAGCCGAUCUGGAAUGUAUCCAGAAAGUAUUGUCAGAAAAUAAAUUGCAGUACAAGAAGGACGAUGACAUUAUCAACGAGUGUCUGUUCGAACGAGGUGUCAAUUACAGACUGUACCAAGAAUCGAUGGACAGAGAAAACGUAAAGAUCGCGCUCGGCCAAAUGACGAUAUAUAGAAUGAAACUGGAAUGCGUGUGUCCGGAGGAUAUGUUACCUAAUCAAACUUGCAGGGAUAUUUCCUUGCAUCAGAGUUGGCCCGCACAUCUAGGCUCUUCCGGGAAUGGCCAUUUUAAGCCAUUACGUAGAUUAAAUAUUUGAAAUUAAAAGAUUGUGUCUAGCUGUGCGAGCUAUUGAGAGAAUUUUCCCGUUGUAAUACACUAAUGUUAAUGAAUAACGGAAUUUAAAAACUCAGAUAGCUUUACGUAUUGUUUGUAAAACUAUACAGUGACAUGUUCGUAACUGUGAUUGUUACAUAAAAGUAAUUUAUAUUAAUAUUUAUAUGCAUUUUCUGUAUAUAUGUAGGGACAUUGUUGCUCGUAGAGUUCCCACAAUUGACAAUUCGAUUCUUAUUCUGAACUCUUUUCUAUCAAUAAAAGUGUCUCUAAACGUGACAUAUUAGUCAUCUGGUUGACUUAUAAGUACAUUGAAAGGUAUUUUUGUCGAUAAAAGAGAGUUUAGAAUAAGAACCAAAAUAUUUCAACAUUUAAUUUUUCUUUGAGAAACAACUGUCUCUCCUUAAGAUCUUUUGAGAUUUCCUAUUGAGAGAAGAUUGAUAUUAUCUCAUUAUUUGCUAAUCGCAACUGAUAAUGAAGUAUUUUUGUGGAACGCAGUUAUGAAUUAUAUUCUUGCGCUUUUCAUUAUCGGUGGGCUUGCUUUUUAUUGUUGAAUCUCUGCUAGAAGUGGGCUCCACCGAUAACGAAAUAUAAAAAUAAAAAAAGAUGUCAAAAUGUAUAGCUGCCAACAUUAAGGCCGGCUUUGAUUAAAAAAUGUAAUGCUGAUAUAUCCGAAGAAUAUAAAAUAUACAUUACUCGUCGA